UUGUUGUGAACACAGAAGAACAAAAUUAAAAUAAAAAAAAAAAUGAUGUCCUCUCGCCAUUUCCUUUCUUCUUCUUCUUCUGCUAAUUCUCUGUUGUUCUCUCCCGAUGCCCAUCCCCAUCCCAUGCCCAUUCAACUACUCCCCCCACCACCUGCUAUUGCUAAUGGUGGGAGCUGGUUGAGGGUGAAAGACAGCGGCGUUGUAGUGUUGGAGGCAAGCAGGUGCAGGAGGAGAGGACGCAAUAAUAAUGAAAUCAAGUGCAAUGCCAUUUCCAAACCCCCAACUCAAAGCCAAGGCUACACGGAUGUGCUUCAAAGUGGCAGUGGUGUGCCAGUUACACAGUGGCCCCAGUUUGUGGAGGAUGACAUUGAAUCACAACUUACUACCCAGGUGUGGGUUUCAAAAGAGAUCGAGGAACGUGUGAAAUGCGUAAAGUCAAUGCUGAGUUCGAUGGAGGACGGUGACAUAAGCAUCUCGGCUUAUGACACGGCGUGGGUGGCUCUGAUUCCAAAUGCGGACGGAAGCAAGCGUCCUCAGUUUCCGUCUUGUGUGGAGUGGAUAGCCAACAACCAACUCCCUGAUGGGUCGUGGGGCGACACCCAAAUCUUCUCACCCCACGAUCGCAUCAUCAACACAUUGGCUUGCGUCGUCGCCUUGAGAUAUUGGAAUCUCCAUCCCCAAAAGUCCCAAAACGGAUUGGCGUUCUUGAACCAAAACAUUGGGCGGCUGGAAGAAGAGAAUGCGGAGCACAUGCCCAUCGGCUUCGAAAUUGCUUUCCCCUCACUCCUCGAAUUUGCUAAAAACUUAAAUCUUCAAAUCCCGACGGACUCCCCGGUGUUGCAAGAGAUCAAUGACAGAAGAGACCUAAAGCUAACCAGGAUACCGAGAGAGAUAAUGCACAAAGUGGCAACGACGCUACUGCACAGCUUGGAAGGGAUGGGCGGGCUGGGGCUGGAUUGGGAAAAGCUUCUUAAAUUGCAAUCCCAGGAUGGCUCUUUCCUCUUCUCUCCAUCUUCCACUGCCUUCGCACUCAUGCACACCAACAACCCAAAUUGCUUCAAAUAUUUGCAAACUAUUGUCGACCGAUUUCAUGGUGGAGUACCCAACGUGUACCCUGUGGACUUGUUCGAACACAUUUGGGCCGUCGACCGUCUCCAACGACUUGGAAUUUCUAGAUUCUUUAACUCUGAGAUUGCUGACUGUGUCAAUUAUGUCGCCAGGCAUUGGAGUGAUGAGGGAAUAUGUUGGGCCAGAAAUUCUGAGUUUCACGAUAUAGACGACACUGCCAUGGGAUUCAGACUCCUCAGGCUGUACGGCCACCAGGUUUCUGCAGAUGUGUUUAAGCAUUUCGAGAAGGAGGGGGAGUUCGUGUGCAUCGCCGGGCAGUCGACGCAGGCGGUGACCGGAAUGUUCAACCUGUACCGAGCUUCCGACCAGGUAAUGUUCCCGGGGGAGAAAAUUCUGGAGGAGGCCAAGCAGUUCUCCUCCAAAUUCCUCCGGGAAAAACAAGCCGCCAAUGAGCUGUUGGAUAAGUGGAUCAUAACCAAGGACUUGCCCGGCGAGGUUGGUUACGCGCUCGAAGUUCCCUACUUUGCCAGCUUGCCUCGACUCGAGACCCGUCUCUACAUCCAACACUAUGGUGGCAAACAUGAUGUCUGGAUAGGUAAAACGCUCUACAGGAUGUUCAAGGUGAACAACGAUACUUACUUGGAGCUUGCAAAAUUGGACUACAACAACUGCCAACUCUUGCAUCAGAUUGAGUGGGUCGACAUUCAAAAAUGGCACACAGAAAACAAGCUGCGAGAUUACGGAAUGAGGAGAACCAAGCUCGUGUUCUCAUAUUUUGGUGCGGCGUGUAGCAUUUUCGAACCAGAAAGGGCCAAGGAGAGGCUCGCGUGGACCAAGACCGCUGCUCUGGUCGAUGCCAUCGCCUCCCAUUUCAAGGAUGCCAACGCCGACCAACGCCGAGCCUUUCUCCAACAAUUUACCAACUUUCACAAUGUUGACAGACGGAGAUCCAGCAAUAUGCAAAAAGGAGGACAAGGACUAGUUGGGAUUUUGGUACGAACCUUAACCAAUAUCUCUUUGGAUAUACUGGUGUCGCACGGUCUCGACAUCACCCACCAUUUACAUCGAGCCUGGAAAAAUUGGCUGUUUAAGUGGCAAGAGGAUGGAGAUGUGCACAAGGGAGAGGCAGAGUUAUUGGUGCAAACAAUAAUUCUCAACUCUGGGUGUUCAACUUUGGAGGAUCUGUUGUCCAAUCCUCAAUACCAGAAGCUUUCCUACCUCACAAACAAAGUGUGCCAUCAACUUGGUCACUUUAGAAAGCACAAGGUGAGCAACGGUGACAUCUACCAGGAGAAAACCGACAGCAAAAUGCCCCCAGAGAUAGAAGAAGACAUGAGGAAACUUGUGCAGUUAGUGAUCCAAAACUCACCAGAGGAAGAGGCAGAGGGCAAUGGCAUUGACUCCCAAAUCAAGCACACAUUUCUAACCGUAGCCAAAAGUUUGUACUAUGCAGCGUAUUUCGAUCCUUGGACAAUCAACUACCACAUUGCCAAGGUCCUAUUUGAAAGAGUCCUCUAAUAUUCCUAUCAUCCUGUAUUUUUCAAAUUUUGUAUAUUCUACACCACAUGAAACGCAAAAACUUUGCUCUCUGUUUAAUUUCUUCUGAAAAUGAAAGACCAUCAUCUUUAAAAUUCCAGAA